CCCGCGCGCCGCCCCCCCCACCCCCAAUCCCGCGCCUUUCUCGCUGGGCAUCCCCAAACCCGGCCCUCGAAAUCCAUCUACCAGAACCGGAGGGCGGGCGCUGGGUUCCUUCCCAGCGGUCCCCACCGGGGACCCAAGGGGGACGUUCUCCGGGUCUCCAGCACCCCCAGACGCCAGCCCGGCCGGGACCGGGCGAGGAGCCCCCGCGCGGGCCACGGACAGGGCGGGCGGAGGGGAGCGCCGCGAGGGAAUGAGGUGAUUGCAGUGGACUGGAAGGGCCUGAAGGAUGUCGACCAGAUCCACAUGGACAGCACCAGCUCGCUGCACGGGAGCAGUCUCCACCGGCCGUCCACUGAGCAAAGCCGGACUGAUUUCUCCUGGGACGGCAUCAAUCUCUCCAUGGAGGACACCACUUCCAUUCUUCCAAAGCUGAAGCGAAACUCUAAUGCCUAUGGCAUUGGGGCCCUGGCCAAGUCAUCCUUCUCAGGGAUUUCUCGCAGCAUGAAGGACCAUGUGACGAAGCCCACGGCCAUGGGGCAAGGCCGGGUGGCCCACAUGAUUGAGUGGCAGGGCUGGGGGAAGACACCAGCCAUUCAGCCGCAACACAGCCACGAGGCGGUGCGCAGGGAUACUGACGCCUACUCGGACCUCAGCGAUGGCGAGAAGGAGGCACGUUUCCUAGCAGGUGUCAUGGAACAGUUCGCCAUCUCUGAGGCCACACUCAUGGCCUGGUCUUCCAUGGAUGGCGAAGACAUGAGUGUCAACUCCACCCAGGAGCCCCUGGGCUGCAACUACAGUGACAACUACCAGGAGCUGAUGGAGAGUCAAGAUGCCCUGGCUCAAGGCCCCAUGGAUGGAUGGCCUCACUCCUAUGUGUCCCAGGGCAUGUACUGUCUGGGGUCAUCGGAUGCCUGGGAAGCCAGCGACCAGUCCCUCAUCGCCUCUCCCGCCACGGGAUCCUAUCUUGGCCCUGCAUUUGAUGACUCCCAGCCUAGCUUACAUGAAAUGGGGCCUUCCCAGCCUGCUUGCGGAUACUCUGCUCAGGAGCCUCCACCUUUGCUGGGGUCAGACACGGACUGGGCUCCGGGGGUGGGGGGAGUGGACCUGGCAAGGGGCCCUGCCGAGGAGGAGAAGAGGCCAUUGGCCCCCGAGGAGGAAGAGGAUGCAGGAUGCCGGGACUUGGAGUCACUGUCCCCACGAGAAGACCCCGAGAUGUCCACUGCUCUCAGUCGAAAGGUGUCUGACGUCACAUCCUCAGGUGUGCAGUCCUUCGAUGAGGAGGAGGGCGAGGCUAACAACUAGCUUCCCCCGACUCCACGCCCAGCCUUCCACUCCCACCUGAGGGGCAUGGCUGCAACAAAACCCUCCCUACCCCAGCGGCACAGCUGAAACCCGGGCAGAAGACCAUGAGGUUACCCAGGAGUUGCCAGUCCUCGCUGGGAAAAUGGAGAGCCAGGAUGGGAUUUUACCCAGGCUUAUGCUGUAGAAACCACAGGUCCGGGAACUGAGGCCCAGACCACCAGAUGGCCCUGAACUUUGCUUGGCGGCAGGCUUCUGGGUCUGUAAUGAUGCGGCUCCCAUGUGGCGCCCGAGGACCGGAGCACAGAGCAGCUCGUGGUCGUCGACUGGACCUCAGUUCUUCACCCUCUGAUUCGUCUUCCAGGAGCCUUGACUGUGGCUGUGGGAAUGCCUCCUUUCUCUGUGUCACUCCUGCUUUUCCUGACUCUCUGUUUUCUCUGACUGUGGCCCCAGCUCAUCCCCACUAUGAGGAACAGACCUCAGGGGCUCUUGGUAUGGCUCGACGACCCAAAGUCGUGUGCCCUUGGAGGGUGGAGAGUCUGCCCUCAGCGAGAAAUUGGCUUCUGAGAUCAGGAGUCAUGGGGGAGGGGGAAGUGGCAGCUGGGAUGCACAGGGACACAAACGUGAUUCUCUGUAACAGGGCCCGCUCAGAGACCAGAAAGUCGUUGAUGAGACCGAGAACAAACAUGGCCGCCUGUUCCGAGAUCUUGAUUAUUCCCUUGUCUGGAAGGAGGAUCCAAGGAUCUGGGAAAGGGCCCAGCCAGGGCUGGCUGCCCCAGCUCUUGCUUCCGUUUUCUGCCUUCUUCUGUCUCCUGCUCUGGGAGCCCUGGCCCUGAGGGGGUGACACAGAAUGCAGGUGUCCUGGCCAAAUGGGGAAGCAUGAGGGCUGUGUCUCCUUCCAUCCACCCUCUAAUUCUCUGGAGCUGUUUACACUUUUCUCUUUGCCUUUUCUACAUUUUUAUAACUUCUUUGGGGACUCAGGGUUGAGUGGGUUGGAGGGAGGAGUCCGGUGCUGUCAGGUCCCGGCCAGGGCGGGCUGUUUGCUGAGGAGCAGUGUGGGCCCUCGGGUCCUUUGCCCCUUCUUCAGCUCCUCCCAGGACUCUGAGGAGGGCCUCACAGGCGUCCUCCCUCCCUCCCCAGGCCCCCUGUGGAGGAAGAGCGGAGAAUCAGAGUGUUCUUCCUUCCAGGGCGGCUUACAGUGAGGCGCACGCCCCGAGAGGGCUGGUCCUCGCACUCCCUGUUUCCAUUGUGGUGGGGACUUCUGCGUAGCCCUUCUGUGAGAGAUCCUGCCAGCAGAGGCCCAGGGGGAGAGAGAAGGACGCCACAGCUGUGGAGAUGCUGGCACAUUGCCCCUUCCCACUGCAGGGGCACAGGGAGACUCUGGGUAGAAGAGAGAAGCUGAGAGCUUCAUUGUUGCCUUCCCUCCUGCCUCGUGCGGGGCUAAGGCUCCAGCCCCAAGGCCUUGUGUCCUACCCAAACUUCGUCAGGGGUCCCACCUCUUUACCCUCUGCCAGGAAGGGGGCACUGUCACUCUCUCCCAGACCCCGGACAGAACUGCCCUCCAACCCCAUGCCCCAGACUUCUAUUUCUUUGGAAUGAGGAGGUUGAGAGUCGGGGUGUUUCUGUCCAUCGGUGACUGGACCCCACCCCGCACUGAGUUCACACAGUCAUUCACAUGUGCUCUUGCAAUGCAGCUGAGGCCAGGAUCCCAUGUCCUCCAGAGGAGAGGGACAGUGGCUUUCCUGGGGCUGGUCCUUGGAGGACCCGGGAGUGGGCCUGGUGAGCGUGGGGAGGGGGUCACCUUAUCCACAGCUGUCUCAACGGAAGGCCUCGCUUGUGUCUGGUGAUGGGACCUGACACAGGAGGGCGCAGGAUGGCGCAGAGAGCAGCUCGGGGAGGUGGCCCUGCAUGCCCUCGCUGGUUGCCCCUCACUGGAGAGUCUGCCCUCCUGCCGUAGGACCUCCGGGCUUGGCAUGCUCAUGGUUCCCUCUUCCCACUGGUCCCUGUUUCCUCGCCUCACGUCACCUGCUGUCUCAGUGCACCGUCCUCUCCCUCUCAGUCUCACGCCCUCUUGCCUAGGUUCUGCCCUGAGACCACGGCGGACAUCCAAUCCAGUGGGCUCAUUCAGUACAGUUUGUCCUUGCUCAGGGCCUAUGGCAUUGGGAAAGGUGGACUAAAGCCGUGUUCUUUCCUCCCUCCCUCCCCUUCCUUCCCAGAGGAAGCCAAAUGGUCCCUGCAACAGUGGCUGAAACCUUGAGGGAAUCUAGCAGACUUUACUCGUGGAGGGGGCUCGCAGACCAGAGGUCAGGUGGGGGCCUGCAUUUUCCAUUCUGAAGAGCCAAGGAGCUGGCCUGGGACCCUCUUAGGACUCUUCUGGAGGGAGGAACUGCCUCUCUGGUGCUGGGGGUAGGGUGCAUGGGGUUUGCUUAUAGCCUAUUCAGGGGGAGGGGAGGGGCAUGUGCAGGAAGAGGCUG